AUGUCCAGGAACCCGUCUCGAAGUAAUCAUGUUGCCUCUUUAAACGGCGGCGGUGCUAGACUUGCCGUUCUCUUCACUGCCUUGGCUCGAGUGGUCAGGGGCCUUCCUAUUGGAGGCACUGUCAAUGUGGCUCACAAGGAGACAAUGAGCAAUGAGGAAUUCUACUUCAAUCUUCUUAUUUCCGCCUGUCUUGUCUUGGCUGGUGGUGUUUUUGCAGGACUCACCCUCGGUCUCAUGGGCCAGGAUGAAGUGUACCUUAAAGUCAUUGCCACUUCGGGUGACGCUCAUGAACAAAAACAUGCUCGCAAGGUGUUGGGUUUGAUUGGCCGUGGAAAACAUUGGGUGCUUGUUACUUUGUUGCUUUCCAACGUUAUCACCAACGAAUCCUUGCCUAUUGUGUUGGACCGUUGCUUGGGUGGAGGCUGGCCUGCUGUGGUUGCCUCCACAGCUUCCAUUGUGAUUUUUGGUGAGAUCAUUCCUCAAUCGAUUUGUGUUCGUUACGGUUUGCAAGUCGGUGCCUUGUUUGCACCUUUCGUGUUGGUCUUGAUGUACAUUAUGUACCCAGUAGCCUACCCAUGUGCCCUUCUUUUGGACCACAUUUUGGGUGAAGAUCAUGGAACUGUCUACAAAAAGUCUGGUUUGAAGACCUUGGUUACUUUGCACAAGACCAUGGGUGUUGAAAGAUUGAACCAAGAUGAGGUAACCAUCAUCUCCGCUGUUUUGGACUUGAAAGAGAAGGAGGUAGCCCAUAUCAUGACCCCUAUUGACAGAGUUUAUACCAUGCCUUCUGACAUGAUUUUGGACGAGAAGACUGUUGAGGAGAUCUUCAACGCCGGUUUCUCUCGUAUCCCUAUCCAUUUGCCCGAUGAGCCAACUAACUUCAUUGGUAUGUUGUUGGUCAGAGUCUUGAUUUCUUAUGAUCCCGAAGACGCUCUUCCUGUUGCUCUGUUUCCUCUCGCUACUCUCCCUGAGACUAGCGCUGAUACCUCUUGUUUGAAUAUUUUGAACUACUUCCAAGAAGGUAAGUCUCAUAUGAUUGUUGUGAGUGAAAAGCCUGGUGAGCCAACCGGAGCGCUUGGUGUCUUGACUUUGGAGGAUGUUAUCGAAGAAUUGAUUGGAGAAGAAAUUGUUGAUGAGUCUGAUGUCUACAUCGAUAUCAACAAGAAUAUCAAGCGUAAGAACCCUGGCCCAUUAUAUAAGAGAAACUUGACCGCUUAUUUGCACAACCUAUACUCUUCUGCAAAUGGAUCGAAGAGAAAUUCGAUUGAUGGCAUUCCAAAAGAUGCUGCUGUUUCCUUCAAUCCAAACCCAAUUAUCAAAGCUAACCCUCUUGCCACUUCUCCGGGUCGUGUCAGAUCGGGGGCUAACACUGGCAUGAAUUCGCCCAUGUUCGCUCCUGUCAACCCGGCAUCUAAUCCAUUGGAGACUUCGAAGUCAUUUGUCACCAUCAAGAGACCAGCUCAUCACACUGAUGGUGUUCUGUCGCCGCCUCGAACCGUUCCUAUUGACAAAGAGCUAAUGUUAGAUGAUGCAAAAAGCACCGAAGCUUAUGAAAACAUCUACACUUCCGAGCAGGAUGCUUUAGAGGAAGCAAAACAUAGACUCAGUAUCGGCCACGAUUCGAAACCUUUGGAGCCAAUGACAUCAAACGGAUCCCACCACGGCAGCUCCAGGCAUCAUAACGGCAGCUCCAGGCAUCACAAUGGCGGAGACAUGGCUAGACAACAAUCUACCUCCAGCCAAAAUGGAGACACGCGAUCCGGUUCUUCGUCCAACUCUCAUGCCAUACCCGUGAUUGAGUACCUGGAGCUGCGAUCAUAUCGUACCGGAGGUAUUGUUGAGUCGGUCGUCAAUGUUCUGGGCGUUCACAAGACUAUUAUCGAGGAUUUUAGUGACGAAGAUCCAUCCGACAUGGAGGAUCCAAGACAAAGGAGUAGAGGAAUGUUAGGUACUAAUAGCGAGGACUCCGUGCCGCUUAUAUACUAA